AUGGCGGUCGCUGCUGCCACCACAGUGUCGGGGAGACGAUUGAUCAUCUCAACUCAGCUCCGGACGAGGAACGAGCACUCGCUAACCCAACGCUGGCAGGCUCAGGGCAAUUGGGGUCCUCCCAACUGGGGCCCAGGCACUUGGGGCUCGGUCGACUCACCCGGCCACGGCGCCAGCUCAGUCCCGGCCUUCUCAUCAGACCACUCAGCCAGCUCAAGCGCUGUCACCACACCCAGCCGUCCAGCCAGCUCAAGCGCCGUGGCCGCAUCGAGCGCACCAGCGAGCUCCAGUACGCCCAGUGCCAACAACAGUCUCACGUUCGUGGUCGGGGUCUCCGUCAAUGCUGGCCAGCAAUUCCAGAAAAUGAUAGGCGGAGGGUGUUCUGGAGCCUUCGGUGCAGCUUGCACGACCAACACACUCUCGGCGGCCGACCAGCAAACAGUGGUCAGAACACUAUUUGAUGAGAACGUUGGUGGCUUGUCCAUCCUCCGCAACCUCAUCGGAUCGUCAAGGGGCGCCACCAUUCUCCCAACGUGUCCGGCAACGCCUGCGGGGCCGUUCAACUACACUUUCCCACCCAACAAUGACAGCUGCCAACUAACGCUUGCGCAAAACGCGCUCAGAUAUAACCCAAACCUAUUCCUCUACGCUGACGCAUGGUCUGCGCCUGGGUGCUUCAAGACUACCGGCCAGGAGGCCGGUGGAGGGUACAUCUGUGGCGUCCGUCGUUCCAACUGCACGUAUGAUUGGCGUGAGGCGUACGCGAACUACUUGAUUGAAUAUGUGAGACUCUACCAGCAACGGGGAAUUAACACAAGCCUGCUCGGCGCGUACAAUGAACCUGACUUCAACCCUUUCACCUACUCCGCAAUGCUGUCUGACGGAUAUCAAGCGUACGACUUCCUCUCCGUCUUGUACCCAAUGGUCAAAAAGGCGUUUCCUAGCCUAUCGGUAUCUUGUUGCGACUCGACCGGGGCUCGCCAGCAGCGCGACCUCCUCUACGAAUUGGGUCGUCUCGGUGGUCUUGACUUGUUCGAUGUCAACACCUACCAUAACUACCAAUCUGAUGUGAAACGGCCCUUUGCCGAUCUCCUCCACGGCCAACCUACCAUUGAGACGGAAUGGAGCGAUGGUGGAUCAACAUGGACUCCGACUUGGGACGUACAAGGCCAGAACUUUGAAGGCUUCCAGUGGGCCAUCUACAUGCAUAACGCCUUCGUCAACAACGUGGCGGGCUGGUCCCACUGGUGGUGUUCCUGGAACGGUGGCGAUGCUGCGCUCGUCAAUGUCAAUGGCACAUCCUACCAAGUCGCUGCCCGACUCUGGGCAUUCGCCGGCUACUUCCGCUUUGCACGGCCGGGCGCCGUACGUAUUGCGGCUAACUCGAGUGUCGAGGAGGUCUAUGUCACUGCGUGGGUCAACACCAAUGGUACCGUCUCCAUCCCAGUGGUCAACGCUGCAUACUACCCGUAUACCGUCAACGUGGACCUCGCUGGGACGAGCGUCUCUCGGGCUGCUGCCUACCUUACCGACAACACCCACAAUGUGACUCUGAGCAACCAGUUCACGUUCAGCGGAGGCAGAUUCACGGCUCAGGUCGAACCCAGAUCAAUGACCACGUUCUUCUUGAGUUGA